ACAUUAGAUCUGAUUUAGUUCGUUUGUCCCCCCCCCCCACCGUUCCUAAAUCCUCCAUGGAGUCGAACCGGGCAGGAGGAGGGACACUAAUUGAAUAAACGUGCAGGGUACGGCGGGUGGGGUUGUUUCUGGGCCUCGUUCGGACUUUCUUGGCUUUCCGGGACCAUGUAGCUUCGCAGCGAGAAGCCGAGGACCAGCAGCAGCAGCAGCAGCAGGUGUUUGUGGAUGAAUAUCGAGGAAAAACUCUCCGCACACCGUCCCGACACGACUGGCUUGGGGCUGACCGCCACUAUAUUGAUAAAAUAUAUAGGUGACUCGCUUUAGACAUUCUUUUUUGACUCCAGGAGGGGAAGUUGUGGGGGAAUGUUCCCAUUUGGGUUUUGAUGUUGUGAAAUAAGUUGCUCUCCGGAGAAAGAGGGAGUGACGUCCUGUCCCGUUUCUCCCGACGCCAAGAUGGAGAACUUGAACGCCCCGGAGAACUUGCCUCAACUUUGCGUGGGUUCGGUUCGCUUAUAAACCUUUUUUGAUUUAUUUGUUUCAUUUUAUGAAACAAACUGACAGAUGCUGGGACCAUAGCUCUGUUGUUGGGGAUAUUUUUUUCUUUUUUUUUUUUUUUUUCACAAUGGAGACGGCGGUAAAGUCGAGCAACGGGACCCGCUCCUCCGGGAAGCGGAGUGCAGCCAAAGACAGAGCGGACAGAAUCGACCCGUACGGCUUCGAGCGCUCCGACGACUUCGACUACGAGUCCUACGAGGAGCUCAUGUCCGAGUAUCUGGUCGUCCUCACCCGGCGCUCCAUCAAGUGGUCCAGACUGCUGAAGGGCAAAGGCAGAGUGCAGAAGAAUGUGAAGCUAAAGCGUUACGUGCGCAAGGGGAUCCCCAACGAGCACCGCGCUCUGAUCUGGAUGGCGGCGAGCGGCGCUCAGGAGCAGCUGGAGAGGAAGCCGGAGCACUACCAGGCCAUGCUGCAGAGCCGGCACGACGCCAAGCUGGUGGAGGCCAUCAGAACAGACUUGAACAGAACAUUUCCAGACAACGUCCUGUUCCGCAAGACGUCGGACCCGUGUCUGCAGAAGGCGCUCUGCAACGUGCUGCUGGCCUACGGCCACCAUAACCCAGCUGUGGGCUACUGCCAGGGGAUGAACUUUGUUGCUGGGUAUCUACUGAUCGUCACAAAAGAUGAAGAGAAAGCUUUCUGGCUGCUGGACGCUCUGGUUGGGAGGAUCCUGCCAGACUACUACAGUCCAGCUAUGACGGGCCUGAAAAUGGACCAGGAGGUGCUGGGGGAGCUGGUGAAGCUCAAAGUCCCCGCAGUGUGGCAGGUGAUGAUGGAGCACAACGUCAUGUGGACGCUGGUGGUCUCUCGGUGGUUCAUCUGUCUUUACAUAGACGUUUUGCCCGUGGAGACUGUUCUGAGGAUCUGGGAUUGCCUUUUCUACGAAGGUUCAAAGAUCUUGUUCCGCGUGGCUCUGACGCUGAUCCAUCACAACCAGGCGCUGAUCGAACAGGCCCGAUCCCUGCCAGACGUCUGUCAAGCCUUCAAGCAGAUCACCAAGGGACCAUUCGUGGAAGACUGCCACGCUUUCAUGCAGAAAAUCUUCACUGAACCAGGAAGUCUCUCCAUGGCAGCCCUGACUAAGCUGCGGGCGGCGUGUCGUGGUCGAGUCGCUGCAGAAGAGUCCUGACCUGGACUCCACACAUUCCAGAGGGACGAGCUCCCAGCAGCUCCUUUACAUCUAAUUUUCUUUCUUUAUCUUUUUUUUUUUACCGAGUCACUACACACUGAACUUUUUGUCUUAAAGCGUAAACUGAGAUAAUCGUGAAGCUGAAAUAAUUCAGCGCUUUAUGACACAAUGAUUCCAUUUAAUACCAUGAAGUUUGUCUUAAAUGAAGUUUUUCACCUUUAGGUAAAUGUGGAUUUGUGCACUUUAAUCCUAGGUGACAAAAUCUAAAUGGGGGGGAGGGGUUGUACCUUUUCUUUCUUUUUUUUAAAGCACAGCCAAGAAGGAAAAAUAAGUCCACUGUGUUUCACAUCUUUGUCAAAAAUGUAAGUUUAACACUAAUUGUUGUUUAGGUGACUGAAGAGAUGAGAUGAAAUGUGACGCUGUGUUAAAGUUAAACCAGAAUAAUUUCAGUCAUUUAAUGAAACCUUCAAUCACCUGA